AUUUGCGCAUGCGUACUUACCAAAAAUAAUUUCUGCGGUCGAAAUCUUGGUAUCAUCCCGCAAUUUCGACUUCGAUUUUCUCCCAUGAUAAAAAUGAUUCUUUGAUAUACAAGGACAGAUAUAUCAACCCCUGAGAGGCUGGUGAGGCAGGCUGAUGUGAGAUGUCGCUGUUCAAGGCACGGGACUGGUGGUCCACAUCUGUCGGAGAGGAAGAGGAGUUUGACCAGGGCUGUCUCUGUGUGGCAAAUGUGGACAACAACUCUGAUGAACUAGAUAAAAUAGUUAUAGGUAGUUACCAUGGAAUUGUGCGUAUUUUCAACCCCAAACCUACAAAGACUGACGAAGGCUGGAGUGGAUUCCGUCCUGGAGAUGUCCUACUGGAGUCUCCCUUGGGGCACCCAGUACUUCAAAUAGAGGCCGGGAAAUUUGUCUCAGGAUCUGAUAAACUUCAUUUGGCAAUUCUACAUCCCAGAAAAUUGUCAGUAUACAAUGUUGCAGCCAUGAGUGGAGCUGUUGAACAUGGAACACAGUAUCAAAUGACACUAGCUUAUGAACACAAGCUUCAAAGAACAGCCUACAACUUCUGUUUUGGACCUUUUGGACAAGUGAAAGGCAGGGAUUUCAUCUGUGUACAGUCCAUGGAUGGCACGGUGUCCAUCUUUGAGCAGGAGAGUUUUGCCUUCACACGGUUCCUUCCCGGAGCCCUGUUGCCCGGCCCCAUCCGGUACCUGCCCAGACUUGACAGCUUUGUGACCGUGUCAUCGUCAUGGCAACUGGAGUGCUACAAGUACCAAGUAUUGGCAGUGGCCACUGACUCCAAAUCAAGAGAAGAGUCCCAGAAUGUCAAGUCAGGCAAGAAAGUUGUGCCUGAUUGGUGCUUCAACCUGGGUGAGCAGGCACUAGACCUUUCUGUGGUCACAUAUCAGACUGCCCCUCCAUCCAUCGUUGUACUCGGGGAGAGAAGUCUGUUUUGCCUAACAGAGACCGGCCAGUUAAGAUAUAUGAAGAAAUUUGACUACGAUGUCAGCUGUUUUACACCGUAUGCUUCAAUAACUGAGGGCACAAUCAACUACCUACUUGCAUCCCACACCCACACCUUGAUGAUAUUCCAAGACGUAGCCAUGAAAUGGGCCGCUAAACUGGACCAAGUGCCCAUCAUGGUGCGUGUAGGAAACUUCAGUGAUCUGAAGGGGGUGAUAGUGACCCUGAGUGACACAGGGAGGGUGGGGUGCUCCUACCUGGGCACUGACCCGGCACUGUUCAUCCCUCCCCCUGUUGAGGCCAGGGACCUGAACUACGGGGACAUGGACCGGGAGAUGAUCCAGCUACAGAAGGUCAUAAAGGAACAACAGGCCAAAUCUGCAAUAAUGCCGAACUUGACUGGAAAAGAGGAGGAUUUAACCAUCAAUGUCCAUGUUUCACCCAACUUGGAUGAUGUCUCGAUGGCCUCAGGUGUAGAAAUUGAUGGUGAACAAGUUCCAUCCAUUACUGUCAGGAUCCAGUUGAAGUCUCGGUUAAAGUUGGAGGAUGUACGACUCAACAUUCAUGUACAGUGGCCCCUGGCUGCAAACCUUACAUCUUUCAAGAUACACACAGUUGAUACUGGUCAGCCUUCGGAGUCGUUCUGUGCGUUCUUCAUCCGAGGCAAGGCCCUGCCUUCUGACCUAUCAGCUCAUGUAUCAGCCAAGUACAUCAGUACUACAGGUGCUGUGAGGAUUGCUUCUGCUCAGAUAAAGCUUCCACUGAAGUUGAUUGUGAAGCCAGUGCUUCCAGUCAAGAACGCGGUCCACAAGAUCACCCUGGAUACCAACAAGCCACCAGCAAACUUGAAUGAUAUUUUCCCAGACUUGCUGGGUGACAAUGCAGGGGGUCAGGGGUUGGCUCUCGGUUUCCAGUAUUUCGGAGGACCUGUGGUCACUGUACUGGCUUCAAAAACAUCGAAUCGUUAUCGACUGCAGUGUGACCUAUUCGAAGGACUGUGGUAUGUAACCCGUGAGCUCGCGUUGCGCCUCACCAACCACUUCAACAAGGGCAAGGUCGGGGGCUUCAGUGUGUACUUCAGUGGCCAGGUCCCACUCAACGACUACUUUGACAUCAUUGAGACACAUUAUGAGCACAGGGUAAAUGCGGAGAAUUGCAAGGAGAUGCUGGCACAGCGCGCAGCCCAGUUCCGCGUGAUACAGCGCAGGCUGCUGACCAGAUUCAAGGACAAGACGCCAGCACCGCUACAGAACCUUGACACCCUGUUGGAGGGCACGUACAGACAGCUGAUCCACCUGGCUGAGACCAUACAGGAGAAUGACAUCCAUCUGGAGGUGGCCUCCAACGCGCUGUGCUGCGCCACGAACCUGUUCAACUUCAUCCUAAAGCUGUGGACCAACAUGUCUGAGGAGGAGUUUGCUGUGCUGCAGGCCAGUGUCACUCCAUUGGUAGUGGACACACUGGAGGCGGGCUGGGAGGAGACGGUGGAUGCCUCAGUGACCCACUUGCUGCGCACGACACUGGCCAAGUCAGCAAAGGAUCAGACCCUGAACCCCUCUCCACUGCGCCUACCUGAAGACACGAGUAAAGUGAAAAAGCACAUCGCUCUACUGUGUGACAAGCUUAGUAAAGGGGCACGACUCUUGGACGGACUGCCAACCAACAUGUCAGUAUCCCAAGGCGGCCAACUGAGUAAGCCUGAAAAGAAGAACAAAGUGUCCUCGACCCAGAAAACUGUGAUAGAGAACGGGGAUAUGGAGCACCAUGACAACGACGAUACGGAGACUCUAAUUGGCUCCCAGUUCAGCAUGGCUAAAAAUAGAGAUCGGGACAAUGUAAACAUGAAUGGACUGCCGAGCCUUUCAAAGCUUGGGCCACCCAAGAGACAGGAUCCUGACGGUGUUUAUGAGUCCAGGAAGAAAGACAAGAUAGACUCUCUGGUUCCUGACCUGGACGAGAUGACAUUUGAGGGACCCAACCUGCUACCUAUUGAAGACAACUAGUGACAAGUGGCUAGUGGGACUGUUUUUCAACAAGUCAAUUCUUCCCCAUUGUGACAUGUACAACCCAAGAAGAAGUGUAUCAUCAGCGUAGAAAUGAGGCUAUCAGACUGAUGGACUUGACAGAUUAUGAAAUCCACAUCUUUUUUUUUCUCCAUGAGAUUUGCUCUUAUUGAUCCACAUGAUUUACAUGAUUCAAUCAGACUCACAGAAGACAUGAACUUCAACAUUUUAGAAGCGAACAUGCUGAGUUUUAUCUGCUACCAAUCUUGUUUCUUUAUGUAAAGACACAGACUUACAACCAUUUUUGGCAAAGGCAGAGUGCGUAUAUCACUCCUAAAGACAUCCGGGGGAAAGAUUUCAUUGCUGAUGUCGACAUAUUGAAAUAGUUAUCAAUAAUUGGAUUCAGAUUCUGUGAUGUAAUAGGCUUGUGUCACCAUAGAAACUCGAAUAUAUUGUUCAAAUAAAGAAGUUGAAAGAAGUCUUAGUACACCAUAUUUUCUUGUUUGUUUUAAGACACGAUUGAAUCAUCACUAUUAAUUUUUCUUGAAAGUAUUAUGUAUGAGUGGUGCUCUGUGGGCGAAAAUGUUGUCCAAGAUUAGCCUGUGCAGUUCUAACAGGCUAAUUAGGGACCACACUUUCCGCUAUUAUGAUAUUUUUCGUUUAAAGACAGUCUCUUCUUAGCAAAAAUCCAAUUAAGGCAGAAAGUGGCGUCCCUGAUGAGCCUGUGAGGACUGCACAGGCUAAUCUUGGAUCACACUUUCUUUACAGGCAUUAAACCCCCUUUUCACAGAGCAUUGCCCAUAUGUUUCCAUCAGGGGUCAGGUAUACCGGUAUUUGAUUUUGGAUACAUAUGUCAAAUUUUCUUUGGAAAUUAAAGUUUUAUUUCUGUUUUAUGUAUAACAUGUUAAUUUGGCAUUUACUUGAUAAAAUUUGAAUGAUGGUCAGGCCAUUGAACAUUUAAAAUAAUGUUUAGAACUAUUAUUGAAGCAUAACGUUAGUGAUUGAAAGUUGAAAAAGUUUAAUUGCUGAAGUUCAUCACAAUUUUGUUCUCAUGUUUAACAAAAUUUUGAAAAUUUUGAAAUAAACUUUCUUUUCAUUAAUAAAUUCCUGUUUUGGUAAAUUAUCAUUUAUUAUAUAAAUCAAUAAGUUAAUGCAUAGUAAACAUAUUUUGAAUCUUGUUAUACAUUAUGGGAUAUUUUUUACCAAAGAUUAUUUUUCUGGUCAAUUUGCAUUUUUAAAUUUUUAUUUUAUUUUAACAAAAAUCUAUUGACACAGGAUGUUUUGGAUUAAUAAAGCAAUGUACCACAUUAAAUAAUUAUCUGUGUCUAUUUGUUUCCCCUGAUCGAAUGAUCGGGGGUAUAUUGUUUUUAGCCUGUCUGUCAUUCUGUCCCAAAACUUUAACCUUGGUCAUAACUUUUGCAAUAUUGAUGAUAGCAACUUGAUAUUUGGCAUACAUGUGUAUCCCAUGGAGCUUCACAUUUUGAGUGGUGAAAGGUCAAGGUAAUCUUCAAGGUCAAAGAUCAAAUAUAUGGAUUCAAAGCGGCGCAGUAGGGGGCAUUGCGUUUCGCAAACACAGCUCUUGUUUAAAUACAUGUUUUUGAUGUGUUAGUAUAUGCAUUCCAUGUUGUUUUACAGCAGAAUCAUAUCAUGAUGAGCUGUUCCGUAUUGUGACACCUCUUAUCUUGGAUGACAUAUGAACCAUACCAUGCGAAAAUGGGGCUUAUGCCAUAUGUGGCUAUGGUAGCUCUAGACAAGCCUAUUCUUAUCAUUCUGGUCACAAGCUACCUUGUCCGCAUAUAAAGUCAAACAAAGUUUCAUGGUCUCAGUAGCAGACAUGGUAACUCCAUACAAGAAUGCGCAUGCUAGCUGGUCAGAAGAUACCUGGGGCCACAUAUGGCAUAAGACCCAUUUUCACAUGAUAUGCCUGACAUGCACUAACUAGUCUGUAAAAAAAAUAAUCACCUGAUUGGUAAAAAGUGAAUGUACGAAAAAAGUGUUUUGAUGGCAUUUUGGGGGCACUAGUGAAACUAGUUUAACCCAUUUAUGCCUAGUGGACUCUCCCAUCCUUCUAAAUUGGAUCAAUUAAUUUCCAAAAUUAGGGAUGUCUAGUAUAUUUAUUUCUAUAUUUAUAUAGAAUAGCAUGAUGCGUCUCAUCAGGGUCUGCGCUGUUUGCUUAAAGGAAUUUCUGUAAGAAAUAUUCUAAAUAUAGAAAUAAAUAUACUAGACAUCCCAAUUUUUGGAAAUAAAUUGAUCCAAUUUAGAAGGAUGGGAGAGUCCACUAGGCAUAAAUGGGUUAAGCCCCUGUUUUCCCAGGCACAUUUGACUAACACAGAAUGGUACAGAGCAGGUUAUUGUACAUGUCUGUGUACUUCUCUGUAAUUCAUAAAGCAUGGGAAUGGAAUGUUGUAUCUGUUGUAGUGAUUGAACAUUCAACUGUGAUUGAAUACUGAACUGUUUUAUGAUUGAAUAUUUAACUGUUUUGUGAAAGGAUAUUCAACUGUUUUGUGAUUGAAUAUUCAACUGUUUUGUGAAUAUAUAUUCAACUGUUUUGUGAUUGGAUAUCCAACUGUUUUGUGAUUGGAUAUUCCAAUAAUUUUAAUAGGAUAUUCAAAUGUUUUGUGAUUGAAUAUUCAACUGUUUUGUGAUUGACUAUUCCACUGUUUUGUGAAUGGAUAUUCAACUGUUUUGUGAUUGGAAAUUCAACUGUUUUGUGAUUGGAUAUUCAAAUAUUUUUUACUAGGAUAUUCAAAUGUUUUGUGAUUGAAUAUUCAUCUGUUUUGUGACUGAAUAUUUAGAUGUUUUAUGAUUGAGUAUUCAACAGUUUUUUUAAUUAUUUGUAAUUGUAUCUUAUAAAUAAAUGUUCAUGUAAUAAGCUUUAUUAUUUAUUGUGUAUGAAUGCUUAUUUAUUCUGAUGAUGGAGUGUGAUUUAUGAUGACAUUUAAUGAGUGAUUAAUGAUGACAUUUUAUAAUCUUUAACUUGUUUGCAUUUGAAAGGUGUUAUGAAGUUGCUUUCAAAUUUAUGUACAUGUAUUUUAUUAACAUAUUUUGAAAUCUUUCAUAUUUGCAAGUCUGAGAAAUUAUGUCAUCCUAUGUGUGUAAUUAAGAUCUGUAUUUCUAGUUUAAAUUGAUUUGAUAUUGAUGAUCGUUUUGUUUUUUAAUUUAAUUUUUUUUUGUUAUUGACAAAUCUCAUCAACUGAAUCUAUCCAGUGUCAUUGUACUAUUUACAUUUUAUGUUUGUAAUAUUUUACUGACUGAAAUACAACAUAUAAGCCUGGCUCUGUGAUAAUGGGGUUUAAUGCAUGUGCAUACAGUGUCAUCCCAGAUAAGCCUUUGCAGUCUGCACAGGCUAAUCAGGGACAGCACUUUCCGAUUUAAUGAUACUUUUCGUUUAAAAAGUCUUUGUAAAGCAAAAAUUCAGUUUUGGUGGAAAGUGUUGUCGCUGAUUAGUCUGUGCGGACUGCACAGCAAAUCUACACAGGCAUGUGCGGACUGCACAGGCUUAUCUGGGACAACACUGUAGGCAUACGCAUUUAACCCCGUUUUCACAGAUUGAGGCUUAUAUAUUUUCAGCUUAUUUGUUUUUUUGCAUGACAGUUUUUCUUGUGUGUGCAUGAAAGCUGUUGUAAUCUUUAACAAUGUUCCGUCCAACUAUCCUUUGGGUAAAUGCCAUAUGAAGACAUCUCCAUUUGCAUUCCAUGGUGUAACACAUUAGUUGUGCAGUUUUAGUUUGUAUUAAAAUUAUGUGAAUAUAUUAGAAUAAUAAUGCAUUAAAUGCGCAUCAUAUUUUGCAUUUCCAUGUGUAAUGAUCUUGAAAAAUGUAAGGUUUAAUAAGCAUGUAAAUGUAAUGAAGGCGUGGUCAGAAUUGUUGCUAAUUCUUCCCUUGACAUUUUAUUUUAAGAAUUUCCUAGACUACAUUCGUGUACAUUGUUAUAUAAAAAUAGUGUUUAGAAAAUAAAUAAAUGAGCUGCACUCAGGCAAAACGGGGCUUAAUGAAUUUGGGUACAUAAUCGUCAUAAAGCAUAUUAAGCUGUGCAGUCUGCACAGGCUAAUCAGGUAUGAUUUUUCCGCCUUAACUGUACAAAAAAUAUCAUAAAAUCGGAAAGUGUCAUCCCUUAUUAUCCUGUGCGGACUGCACUGGCAAAUCAAGGACAACACUUAGCAUGCAUUAAACCUCAUUAUCUCAGAGCGUGCCUCAAUUAUGUAAGUGAUUGUUAUAAUGGUAUUCAUAGGACAUUUUGUUUGUCAUGUAUUCAUUCAACUGUACAUUCUUUUAUAUUUCAAACUUAUAAAACUAACAUGAUGUGGCUUUCAUUAUGUUCCUUCCGCGGUGUGUGCGAACGUUCCAUUGAAAAUGAAGUAGUUAUUAUAUAAGAAAUCAAAGUAGAUUGAUGUGUUUCCUAUAAGAUCUUUGUCUCAGCUAUUAUCAGAAUAUAUUAAAUACCUCUGAAGAUUAUGUUUUUAUUAUUUUUGAUUUUUUUUUAAAGAUAAAGAUAUUUAGUGUAAGUGAUAAUUAAUUGCUCAUGGUGAGCGAUGGGGUCUCUGUAGCUCGUUUGUCAUCCAAUCGUCAUGAAACUUUGCAAGAAUGUUCGUGUGGACAAUAUCCCUUUCAGUGCGGGAACCGAAUUUUAAAGGCCUUUGCAAACAGUUUGGAUCCAGAUGAGACGCCACAGAACGUGGCGUCUCAUCUGGAUCCAAACUGUUUGCUAUUCUGAUAGUAUUCUUUGAAAAAAAAAAAUGAAGAAAAGGCUAAUUUUACAACGACAUUUUAGCAGACGACAAAUUUCCCAGCAUGCAAAGGGUUAACUACGCUUUGUCUGAAUCUGGGUCUCUUCCAUCCGAAAACUAGGUCACCAGGUCAAACUAUUACACAAAAAAGUUUCACAUUCUAGAGUGCACAUGUAUGGCUCAAUCUUAUUUAAACGUGGUCGGAAUGUUAAUCAUGCACAUAGUUAAUCAACACUAGCAUCUGGGUCAUAUGCGUUAAAAAACAGGUUACCUGGUGAAAUUUAAUGAAAAACUUGUUACUACUCUGGAAGCCACGGAUAUUUCUUAACCCAUUCAUGCCUAGCGUCCUGAAAAAAGGACAAUGCAAACAGCGUAAACCCAGAUGAGACGCUGCAUGAUGCGGCGUCUCAUCUGGGUCUACGCUUUUUGCUUAAAGGAAUUUCUGUAAGAAUUGUUCUAAAUUUAGAAAUAAAUAUACUAGACAUCCCUAAUUUUGGAAAUAAAUUGAUCCAACUUAGAAGGAUGGAAGAGUCCACUAGGCAUUAAUGGGUUAAUCUGACGAAACUUGGUCAGAAUAGUCCUCUUGCCAAUAGUCAGGCCAAAUUAAAAUCUGGGUCAAGUGGGGUCAGAAAACUAGAUUACUGGGUCAAGUCUUGAACUAUUUGUGUACGUUGAAUUAAGGGGAAUGCUUACGCUUCAUCAUGACCCUCUUUUAUUACUAGAUGAUUUAAGUUUAAUAUGAUAUUGCAUGCAUAUUUGUAUGCCCCCCUUCGAAGAAGAGGGGGUAUAUUGCUUUGCACAUGUCGGUCUGUUGGUCCGUCUGUCGGUCUGUCCCCCAGGUGGUUUCCGGAUGAUAACUCAAGAACGCUUGGGCCUAGCAUCAUGAAACCUUAUAGGUACAUUGAUCAUGACUCACAGAUGACCCCUAUUGAUUUUGAGGUCACUAGGUCAAAGGUCACGGUGACCCGAAAUAGUAAAAUGGUUUCUGGAUGAUAACUCAAGAACGCUUAGGCCUAGGAUCAUGAAACUUGAUAGGUAGAUUGAUCAUGACUCGCAGAUGACCCCUAUUGAUUUUAAGGUCACUAGGUCAAGGUCACAGUGACCUGAAAUAGUAAAAUGGUUUCCGGAUGAAACUUCGUAGGUAGAUUGAUAAUGGCUGGCAGAUGACCCCUAUUGAUUUUCAGGUCACUAGGUCAAGGUCACGGUGACCCGAAAUGGUAAAAUGGUUUCCGGAUGAUAACUCAAGAACGCUUAUGCCUAGGAUCAUGAAACUUCAUAGGUACAUUGAUCAUGACUCGCAGAUGACCCCUAUUGAUUUUCAGGUCACUAGGUCAAAGGUCAAGGUGACCCAAAAUAGUAAAAUGGUUUCCGGAUGAUAACUCAAGAAAGCUUAUGCCUAGAAUCAUGAAACUUGAUAGGUAGAUUGAUCAUGACUCGCAGUUGACCCCUAUUGAUUUUCAGGUCACUAUAUCAAAGGUCAAGGUCACGGUGACCUGAAAUAGUAAAAUGGUUUCCGGAUGAUAACUCAAGAACGCGUAUGGCUACGAUCAUGAAACUUCAUAGGUACAUUGAACAUGACUCGCAGAUGACCCCUAUUGAUUUUGAGGUCACUAGGUCAAAGGUCAAGGUCAUGGUGACCCAAAAUAGUAAAAUGGUUUCCGGAUGAUAACUUAAGAACGCUUAUGCCUAGGAUCAUGAAACUUCAUAGGUACAUUGAUCAUAACUCGCAGAUGACCCCUAUCGAUUUUGAGGUCACUAGUUCAAAGGCCAAGUUCACGGUGACCAGAAAUAUUAAAAUGGUUUCCGGAUGAUAACUGAAGAACGCUUAUUCCCAGGAUCAUGAAACUUGAUAGGUAGAUUGAUCAUGACUUGCAGAUGACCCCUAUUGAUUUUCAGGUCACUAGGUCAAAGGUCACGGUGACCCGAAAUAGUAAAAUGGUUUCCGGAUGAUAGCUCAAGAACGCUUAAGGCUAGGAUCAUGAAACUUCAUAGGUACAUUGAUCAUGACUGGCAGAUGACCCCUAUAGAUUUUCAGGUCUCUAAGGUCAAAGGUCAAGGUCACAGUGACAAAAAACAUAUUCACACAAUGGCUGUGACUACAACGGAGAGCCCAUAUGGGGGGCAUGCAUGUUUUACAAACAGCCCUUGUUUUAAUUGGACUUAAUAUUUUUGGAGUACAAUUGAUUUCGUUUGAUUAUUGUUCAUUCUGCUGUAUUUUUCCUAUGAAAUAAAAUCACACUGUA